GAUUGUCGUCUUCAUCCGCCUUUAGCGCACGCCGCGCGCCUCUCACGCCCAGAUCAGAGAUGCUCGUACCUGGCGCAGUUCAGAGAACCCCCAGCAUCAGCACCCGUUCCCGCGCAUCUCCAUGACGGCAGAACCUCCAGCAUGGUGCAGAAAUCCCGCAACGGCGGGGUGUAUCCCGGCCCGCAAGCCGAGAAGAAGCUGAAGGUGGGCUUCGUGGGGCUGGAGGCAGGCGCGACGGAGUCGAAUCGAGACGGCGCGCUGCUCAUCGCGGGAGCAGACGAAACGAAGCGCGGCAGCAUCUUGAGCAAGCAGCGCUCCAGCAUCUCGGGCAAGAGGCCGCCGAAACGCAACGCUUUCUACCGACGCCUGCAGAAUUUCCUUUACAAUGUGCUGGAGAGACCGCGGGGAUGGGCGUUCAUCUAUCACGCUUACGUCUUUCUGCUGGUCUUCUCGUGUCUGGUCCUGUCUGUCUUCUCCACCAUCAGAGAAUAUGAGAAGAGUUCUGAAGACGCCCUCUACAUACUGGAAAUUGUAACCAUUGUGGUUUUUGGAGUGGAAUACAUCGUGAGGAUCUGGUCUGCGGGAUGUUGCUGUCGAUACAGAGGAUGGAGGGGGAGACUCAAAUUCGCCCGGAAACCAUUCUGUGUUAUCGACAUCAUGGUGCUGAUCGCGUCUAUCUCGGUGUUGGCUGCUGGAACGCAGGGGAAUGUGUUUGCCACCUCCGCCAUCAGGAGUCUUCGGUUCCUCCAGAUUCUCCGGAUGAUCCGUAUGGAUCGGCGUGGAGGAACAUGGAAACUCUUGGGGUCUGUGGUCUAUGCUCACAGCAAGGAACUCAUCACUGCCUGGUACAUUGGUUUUCUGUGUCUGAUCCUGGCAUCAUUCCUUGUGUAUCUCGCUGAGAAAGAAGACAAUGUGAUGUUUGAAACAUACGCUGAUGCUCUGUGGUGGGGUCUGAUCACGCUGACCACUAUCGGCUACGGCGAUAAAUAUCCCAUAACCUGGAACGGACGGCUUCUGGCGGCGACCUUCACACUGAUCGGCGUGUCCUUUUUCGCUCUGCCCGCUGGGAUCUUGGGUUCUGGGUUUGCCUUGAAAGUCCAGGAACAGCAUCGGCAGAAACACUUUGAGAAACGCCGAAACCCGGCCGCUGGCCUCAUUCAGGCUGCCUGGAGGUUUUAUGCGACCAAUCUGAAUCGUACAGAUCUCUACUCGACGUGGGAUUAUUACGAGAGAACCGUAUCCGUACCCAUGUACAGACUCAUUCCUCCUCUGAACCAGCUCGACCUGCUGAGAAACCUGAAGAGCAAAUCUGGACUUUCCUUCAGGAAAGAUGCUCAACCUGAACCGUCUCCCAGUCAGAAAGUGAGUCUGAAAGAGCGCGUGUUCUCCAGCCCGAGAAACUCAGCUAGUAAAGGGAAGAGUUCUCCUCAGGGUCAGCAGCCCGUGCGUCGCUCGCCCAGCGCAGACAACAGCAUUGAGGACAGUCCCUCUAAAGUACCCAAGAGUCUCAGCUUCUGUGACCGCAGUCGUACCAGACAAGCCUUCCGCUUUAAAGGGGCGGCGUCACGCCAGAACUCUGAAGUGCUCAUUGAGAUGCAAGAGGAAGAUUUGAGACACAGGAACUCAGAAGCCAGUCUUCCUGGUGAAGACAUUGUUGAUGACAAUAAAAGCUGCCAUUGUGAGUUUGUCCCUCAAGAUUUAACGCCGGGAAUCAAGGUCACCAUCAGAGCCGUGUGCAUUAUGAAGUUCAUGGUGUCCAAGCGAAAGUUUAAAGAGAGUUUGCGGCCGUAUGAUGUUAUGGAUGUUAUAGAGCAGUACUCUGCCGGUCAUCUUGACAUGCUGGCUAGGAUUAAAAACCUUCAGUCCAGAGUGGAUCAGAUUAUCGGUCGAGGCGCUGCGAUAACAGACAAAGACCGUCCUAAAGGUACCACAGAAACAGAACUGCCUGAAGACCCAAGCAUGAUGGGAAGACUCGGAAAGGUGGAGAAACAGGUGAUGUCCAUGGAGAGAAAACUGGAUUUCCUGGUUAACAUCUACAUCCAGCGGAUGGGAAUUCCACAGUCUGAGACGGACGCUUACUUUGCUUCUAAAGAGCCUGACCCGGCGCCUCCGUACCACAGCCCGGUGGACCACAUGGUGAAGAGCGGCUCCAUCACCAAAAUCAUCCGUUCCAACAGCUCCGUCGGCCCAAAGAUCUUCGACCCGCCCCCCUCCACCUGCAUAAACCACCACUGUCCGCCGUCAACAUCCUGGCACGCAAAGACCCUCCCGAAACCCAGCCAAAGGGGAAGCCAGGGAACCUCCCCGGUGGGCGACCCGUCUCUAGUGCGUAUCCCACCACCUCCGGCCCACGAGCGCUCCUCUGGCGCGCACAACGGCAGUUCACGAGGUCAUUCAAGGGGCAGGGGACGCGGAGUGGAAGGGGGACACCCGUUGGCGCUUUCACAGGAGCAGCCUGGUGAGGAGAGUGACUCGUCCAUAUCCAUCCCCUCGGUGGACCACGAGGAACUAGAACGCUCCUUCAGUGGCUUCUCCAUCUCUCAGUCCAAGGAGAACAUAGAGUUUCUCAACAACGCCUACUUCAGCGGUGUGUCGCGCUGCACCAAAGUGAGGCCCUACAUCGCUGAGGGCGAGUCAGACACGGACUCUGACCUGUGUGCUCCGUCGCCUCAUUCUGCCACCGGCGAUGGUGCCUACGGAGAUAAAGGAUGGUCUGGUCCCAAGUAAGCUUGGUAGAAAUGUCAUAAAGUAGGAUUCAAUCCAACAAGAGCAGCGUCUGGAGCAAAGGACACGCUAGUAAGCCAUGUGAGUGGUCAUGCGUGUUUAAGAAGCAGCGUUAGAUCUCACGAGCACGGGUUUAGGAUUAAAAGAAACAUGGAUAUGACAGCCACCAAAGUCUGAGAAUGUCUGCUACUGAAGUCUGGACAGGAAUAACUCAAGAAUUGAGAAAUUCAUCCGUUCAUAGCUCGCCACACGGACGAGAGCGACUGUGAUGUGAGGAUAAAUGAGAGAUGAGGAGGAAGGAAAUAACGUCUUUACCAUUUCAUACAUGGUGCAUUUUCAUCUUUACAAACAUGUUAACUCUCAAGGAUUUACAUAUUGUCGAUGUUUGUAAUGUUUGCUAAAAGAACAGUCACCCAAAAAAUCAAUGUUCAUUCACUCGCUCAAUACACCGUUAUAGUCACUUAAAUACUAAGUAAUGAGGUUUGAAUUUUUUUUUUCUGUUUUUCGAAAAAUAAGACGAGCGAGUCAGUAAAAAACGACAGAAUUUGAUUUGAGGUGAACUUUUUCUUUAAGACACGUCGCUGUAGUUUCACAUCGUCCAUGUUCGCUUCUGAAUGUACUUCACGACAGCUUGUGAAUUUUUAAAGGUGUAACUUCUUUAAGCCAGGUCAAUCAACGACUAUCACCAUAUUCCUUCAUUACACUCACGAUGAAGGGUUAAGAAGUUCGUACGAAAUAUAAACACUUUAUCUCAAGUUUACACUUUUUGAAUACACUCUGGAUUAAUAAUCUGCAUGCUGAUCAAUUAAAAAUACGUAGAAGAAAUGUAUAUUUCCUAUUAAUUUCAUACCGCAAAUUAACAGCUUUUUUAACGAUAAGAGCGCCUAAUCUUUUCUGCCAGUUUUGUUUUUCUUUUCCUAGAGACAGUAAACUUCCAACACAAUUUCUAUAAAGAAUGAAAAUGUACACAGAAACUAUUUCCGUAAAGACAAAAUUUAAUUUAAUAAUGAAAAGUGUCUACGAUAAUUCUUGUAGAUGUAUAAGCAUCACUUGCGAUGUCAUGUGUCAUCUUUAAACAUCGUGAAGGCAGGUUGUAAGAUAAAGUUAAAUUUCAUAAACUCUGUCUUUUGAAAUCAAUGUAGUCACUCAUAAAACAUCAGCUUGGAAUGAUGCAGUAAUAUCACUGAGAUCACAUCAAAAAUGUACAGCAUCGUUUUGCCUUAUGAGUCUCGUUCUAAUGAAAUUGGUGUUCGAUUGCCUUUAUUGCUUGUUUAUCGGUCGAAAUCAUACUGAAGUACCGUUCCCAAUGACUGGACGACUGUAGAGUCUGCUGUCAUGCUGUCUGACUACAAAUUUUGCUUCUUUUUACAAAUAUCAGCGAUCUCACAGACCAGUGACAGCAGUGCUCUUAAUAGUGAUCUGAAGCUGUCAAUCGUGGUGUUUAAACUGUUUUAGAGCACUUCUCAUGUAAACUCUCCAUCUCCAAAGAUGAUUUUUUUUAGAUGAGUUUUGCACCAUCGUGUCUUCCAUACGGCCUACGUUUCUAUAAUCACAGCCGUUUCUUUCUCUCACAAACCCUUUAUGCUGUUUUAAAGCUUCACACUUGAAUAUUCUGCAUUGCGUUCUACCACAACCUCGACAAAACAAGAUCAUUUUAUUCAUGCAAAAUUAUGAUUUCGUUCUUUUGAUGAAAUUGGGACGCAAAUGUGGUUAAAGAAGCAGAAUUUCUUGAAUUCAAACUAUAUGAUUUACAUCAGCUCUUCUUCAUCAGAAUUUCUUAAGUUAAAGCUACUUGAUACAAAAUCAUGUAUACGCAGAUCUGAUUAGAAAUGAACGAUUGUUUUAGUUGAAUUCUUAAAGGUCCAGUGUAAACUUUUUUGGAGGAUCUAUGGACAAAAAUGCAAGAUUAUAUACAUAACUAUUUGUUCAGAGGAGUAUAAAGACCUUACAUUAGAAAGCGUUUUGCUUUUAUUACCUUUGAAUGAGCUGUUUCUAUCUAUAUACAGCGCGGGUACCAUCGCAUGGAAUUCGGGCUGUUGUAACCCUAAACCGACAUACUGCUUUCUGCGUUUCAUAAAUACGUCAUGUCUUUUGGCAAAGAAGCGAAAACGUGUCGACAUCUUAGUCCUGUGAGAGCUGCCUUGGUGCUAAGGCGUGGAAUCAGUGUCAAUUUGCAACCUCACCACUAGAUGCUGCUAAAUUUUAUACACUGGACCUUUAAGAAUUCUAAACAAACGUGUCCAAAUUGACCAAAUUACUGCCAUCUGAUGCCAUCACAAUACAGAAAUAUAUGGAUUUGAGUUCUCUGCACAUUUACAGUCAGUGAUGUCUGUAAUAGUAUUUGAAUGUUUUCAUAGCUGCCUUGCCUGGCUUGCAAUGUUUUUCCCAAAGGUUUUUUUGUAUUUUGCUAAAUUGCCUUUGAUAUGUUUUGUAAUGCUUUCAUAGUUUUGUUUUUUUAUUUUUCAGUAACGUAUAAAUGUUUUGAUAUUCAUUGUGAAUAUACUUAAUGUGAAUGUAUUCUAAAUUGCUGUCAUUAGGGCCUACAUUGUUUUCACUGUGCAGACUCACGACAUUUAGGUUAUAUCAGUUUACAUUUUUACAUGCCAAACAAAACACUAAAGCAAAUCUUUAUUUAAAAAUGCCCUUUGAAAUGACCAGCAGGUAACCAGCAAGACUCUCAUGAUAUUCCAGCAGAAACCGAACUGGGCUGCCAUGCAAAUAUAAACAAUGCACACUAUAAAAAUAGUUUAAAGCGAAAAAGUUCAUUAAAAAUGAACAAAAAUCAUGCAGAUUUCAUGGGAAAUGUCAGUUUGAGGUCAUUCAAUAUGUAAAGAUAGGCACAAAUGAAUCUGCAAUUUUAUAUUUCAAACAGAGAUGGCGACAGAGAGGCAAAGGUUACAGAUUGCAUUUUUAAAGUCAUCAGAGUUAUCACGAUGGACCAACAUUUUUUAAACUUAAAAAAAAGAGUAAAUCUUAGCAUAGCACUUCUCAGAAACCAGGGUGUCCACGUUUGUUCUCUCCAGAAAGACACACGAAUCAAGAAUUUACUGUAAGCAGAAUGUCACGGCCCGCUCACGUUAUGAAUGCGGCAUGCCUUAAAUUAUCCCCUUUUGUGUUUAUAAACACUUAUGUGAUUCACGUCGACAAAACAUGUGUUUUCCAACAGCUCGGCUCUUAGCGAACCUACAACAUGCUUUCAUCAGAGCCAACACAGCACUCCAUAACUGCUGUUUCUCACAAAUGAUAAGCUCUGUUGUCUUUUAUUUUCACAAAAGGAAAAGCUUGCUGGCAUGUUCUCAGCUGCUGAAUGCCAUAUAUAUGUAUAAAUAUAUAUAGCUUUUGAUUAUUAUGUAGCAUAUCCGUUGUGUAGUCUCUCAAAUCCAUGAACUCAUGGGACGUGUACAAUAAACUUUGUAUA